UCUUGAGCUACUUCCAUGUGAGAUGAGCUUGACAUGCAAGAACAAUGAUGAGUACGGCGGCGGCGAUACAACUCGAAAGGACGACAGGAACGCAACAUCUUCCCCGCCGAAGCUCACGCCACCGCGCGCUUAUGCCCAUGUCUAGUUCUGCCUCCCUGGAUCCUUGCGUAUCGGAUGGUUCAUCGGGUCCGUCGCUCAUUGUACACUCCGUAGUCAACACCAACGAGAUCUCCACCGGCACUGAUAUGCGAGAUGUCGUGAAUGAGCCAACGCGCGGACAACCCAACAGCGACAUGUCCUCCUCCACCAUCAAACCUCACCUCGACCGCUUCCUCUCCACUCGCCAACCACCCAAGACAUUCUGCCCUUCCGAAGUUGCCCGAGCCCUGACCGCCAACGACCUGCAACGUCUCGGGUGCGAAAACUGGCGAGAAGCAAUGUCCAUCAUCAGAGAGGUGGUGUGGGAACGUAGGAAGGCAGGCGAGUGCGAGGUUCUGCAGAAAGGAGAGGUGCUGGGCAUGGAGGUGGAGUUGGAGGAUGUCAGAGGACCGAUUCGAGUGAGGAGAACGGAGGCGGCGUGAUGUUUUCCAGAAGGUACGCUGUUGGAGGUUAUGCGACCACGAUGUUUAUGCGAGAUGAUGGCCGGAUUUUCGUCUCAUGGCAACCCGGUCGCUUGCUUCAGCUUGAGUACAAGCAGUCUUACCGACCAUCGACAUUUCUACCACGACUGUUCUGGAG